AUGGCAAGAUAAUAUUAAGAAGACGCAUGCCUUUUUUAUAAUAUAGAGAAUUUAAACAACUCGAUGUUCUCAUAUAUAUAGCAAAACCAUUUGUCAAGUAAUUAAAAAAAAAAAUUAUUUUCAAGAUGAUCUUUACGAUUCAGCUCAAUAAGAAAUUGAAAAUCAUGAGGCUGGGAACAAUCCUCUAAAUUCUAGUAAUUUCUAAUUCUCCUCAACGGAUGAUUAGAAAUAAGAUGAGUAAUUAACCUAUAUACAUUUAGGUCAUACAUCAAAAUUCAAAAGCAAAAUUAUCAAUAUAAAAUAUGUGGCAGCUAAUUUUGA